CAGCCAGUACAGAUUUCUAAUCAGCUCUGAUACCGCAGAGCCACUGACCAGCCCUUAGAGAUAAGGCUUUCUUCUGCAGGGAGAAAAGGAUUUGAAAAACUACCCGCCACAAUGGGGGACAGAAGCCCCUUCGCAACGGACAUGCUCACCCUGACCCGCUACGUUAUGGAAAAGGGGCGUCAGGCCAAAGGCACCGGAGAGCUCACACAGCUGAUCAACUCCAUGCUGACGGCCAUCAAAGCCAUCUCCUCGGCCGUGCGCAAGGCCGGCCUGGCCCAUCUGUACGGAAUCGCGGGAAGCGUGAACGUGACAGGGGAUGAGGUGAAGAAACUGGACGUGUUAUCCAAUUCCCUGGUGAUCAACAUGCUCCAGUCCUCCUACAGCACCUGCGUCCUGGUCUCGGAAGAGAAUAAAGACGCACUUAUCACUGCCCAGGAGAAGAGGGGGAAAUACGUGGUCUGCUUUGACCCACUGGAUGGAUCUUCGAACAUCGACUGCCUGGCCUCCAUUGGAACCAUAUUUGCCAUCUACAGAAAGACCUCAGAGGAUGAGCCUUCUGAAAAGGAUGCCCUGCAGCCAGGCCGCAACAUUGUAGCCGCGGGCUAUGCACUCUAUGGAAGUGCAACACUGGUGGCUCUUUCCACUGGCCAAGGAGUGGACCUCUUCAUGCUUGACCCAGCUCUUGGUGAAUUUGUCCUGGUGGAAAAAGAUGUCAAGAUUAAAAACAAAGGAAAGAUUUACAGCCUCAAUGAGGGCUAUGCCAAGUAUUUUGAUGCUGCCACCACAGAAUAUGUGCAGAAAAAGAAAUUUCCCGAGGAUGGCAGUGCUCCCUAUGGGGCCAGGUAUGUGGGCUCCAUGGUGGCUGACGUGCACCGCACCCUGGUCUAUGGAGGGAUCUUCCUGUACCCAGCGAACCAGAAAAAUCCGAAGGGCAAGCUCCGGCUCUUGUAUGAGUGCAAUCCUGUGGCCUACAUCAUCGAGCAGGCAGGAGGCAUGGCGACCACAGGCACCCAGCCUGUGCUGGACGUGAAGCCUGAGGCCAUUCACCAACGAGUCCCCAUCAUUCUAGGGUCCCCGGAUGAUGUGCAGGAAUAUCUCACCUGUGUACAGAAAAACCAGGCAGGCAGGUAGUGAGUCUGACCCCUCAAGCCCUCUUCUCUUUGUGUUGUACCUUGUUAAGGACCCUAGAUGAAUGAUAGGUGAGUGAAUGCUGGUGAUGAGAAACAAAAGGCAAAUCCACCAAAUCACAUCCAGAAGAGCAGCAGCCAAGCACUCACGAUAAGUCUAGAAGCCAGAGGCGAGUCUGUGGUCAGUGUAAAGGGCUAAAAAUAAAACCCACGUGUGAAAAGAACAACUUUGAUUUGUCUUCCGUCAUGAACAGUGGCAAAUAGGGUUGUGAUUCUAAGUCUAUCAGCCCAAGUAAUCAGCAGCUAUCCACCUGUGGGCAAUAGGUACAGAGAUCAGUUCAGAAUUUGUCUUGGUUUGCUUAAAAUUUGAACCUAGUGUCUGAGUCCUAUAGUGAUUAAUUUCCUUUCUUAUAAAAUAGAUAUGUAUAUUUUAUCUAUAUACUUAUAUAUAUUCAAGGUAUAUAAAUAUAUAUAUUAUAUAUAUUUAAAUAUAUAAACGGCUGACUUAAUUGCUUAGAAGUUUUUGUCUUAUUGUGGAUAGGUUUUGAGUUAGAAAUCUCAUGGGUAUUAAAUUCUAAAAUUUUGGAUCAAGGCUUUACUAGGAGCAAUUAUUUGGAUAACCAACAACUAUUUGAAUAGAAAUAUGUGGUCACCUAUUGACAAAACCACAUGCUAAUUGGAAUUAAUAUUUAAAAAUUAAUACCUACUUUUCUCAACCUCUUGACUUUUCCUUUUUAAUAUUUUCAGAAAAUAUUUUAAUCUAUCCUAGGUCCUAACCAGAGUGCACUGGUUAAUGACCCUUCAUUUGUCCAAAUUAUGUCUAGAUUGGGACGGGGUGGCAUAUGCAUCAGAAAUCUCAGCUUGCUUUUCCAAGAGUUGCUAUAUAUGUUUAUGGACCUGGAGGCCAAAAAUACCUAAUGAAAUAUUCACAGACAAAUCCAGAAAUAUUUAAAACAAAGAUACAUCAGGACAAAAUCAGGCUUAACUCCAAAAUUCAAGAAUGAUUCAAUAUUAGAAAAUCCAGGGACUUUCUGGUGGCACAGAGGUUAAGAAUCCGCCUGCCAAUGUAGGGGGACACAGGUUAGAGCCCUGGUCCGGGAAGAUCCCACAUGCCGUGGAGCAACUAAGCCAGUGCACCACAACUACUGAGUCUGCGCUCUAGAGCCCGUUCUCCACAACAAGAGAAGCCACCGCAAUGAGAAGCCCGCACAGCGCAACGAAGAGCAGCCCCCGCUCACCGCAACUAGAGAAAGCCUGCGGGCAGCCACGAAGACCCAGUGCAGCCAAAAAUAAUAAAAUAAAUAAACUAAUUAAUUAAAAAAAAGAAAAUCCAUUAAAUAAUGCAUUAGAUUAAAGCAAAAGGCAGUGGUGGGGAGGUGGGGGCUAGGAGAAACCAUGGGAAGAAACAUUCCUUUCCCACUUUAGCUUUGGACAAGGUGGUUCAUACCACCCAAAGAUGGAUUUCAAUUUGGAUAUAAUUCAGGAUUCAGUAGUGUUCCUCAGUCCACCUCUGCUUGGCAGCAGUAACAGAAGCAGUAAAAGUUAAUAUGUAAUCGAAAAAUUUUCAUCUUCCUCCACAAAACACAAAGAUUUUCUAGGAAAAAUUCUGAUUCUAACCAAUGGGCUAUUAAUGCUUCAUUAGACAUUUCAUCAGAAACUUAUAUCUCAAAGAUUCAAACUGAAGUCUUCACUUCUUAGGAAUAAAUUGAUCUGGUGAGCACAUGGUUUCAGGACUACACAGCCAGGAGGGGAAGGAUUAUUUGGAAACGAAGGUGAAUGAUAGCACCUUCAGUCGUGGUCUGUGUUGCUUUGAUGAAUGUGGUAGGUGGUCAGGGAAAGAUCCAUUCACUCACUACCCUUCUUCAAGCUUGAGACUCUUGGUCCCUGCACCUCAAAUCUAAGAACGGGAAACUAGGGAAGAGUAUGGGACUCGCAUUCCAUUCUCAGUGGCUACAUAUCAAAGAUUUGAGGGCAUUGGUGCCAUGGUGCCGGGGUGACCAGUGCUUUCAUAGGCAGGGUCUGGAAAGACCCUCAGAAAGAAGUUGGGCUCUCUGGAUGAAGUGAUCUGAGAAUCCCUUUCCUCUUGGUUUCUCAUUCCCUCCUGAUUGCCUUCCCAAUUUAGAUGCUUUUGUCUAUCUCAGGAGAAAUCCAGUUGUUCUUUCCAUUUUCCAGCAGCCCCCAAAGUACCGUCUCCAGGUCUGGCCCCACUUGGGGAAGGUGGGACCAUUCACUGGUUUCUAUUGUAUUUUGGGCAGAUGAGCUUCAGCAGCUUGGGGGGCAGACCCAUUAGCACAUCAAAAGGAGAGAAGCAUUUUAAUAGACACUCUUUAAAAAUAAGAAGAAAACAUGGUGUUUCAAAUCAGUGGGACAUGAAUGACUGGUGUUUGAAUAAUAAGCUAGUCAUUUGGGGGGAAAAAAAAGCAACAACACAAAACCUAGAUCCGCAAACAUGUUGCAGAUGCAUUGCAGAAUUAAACAUAAAAAAUAAAACUGUAAAGGUAUGGCAAAAAGAUAAAGAAGAAUCUAUUUAUGACCUUAAACGGGACCAAAAGACACAAAGCAUAAGAGAUAAAAGAAAGACAGAUGUGAAUAUAUCAAAAUAAAAACAAUACACCACGUAGUUAAAAGACAAUUGAUAGCUUAGGAGAAAAUAUUUGUAAUCUAUAACAAAAAAUGAACAUCAGGAAUCAUACAUAUUGAGAGGAAAAGGAAACUAUCCUAGAGAGAUAAACGAAGGCUAUAAAACGGCAAUUUGCAGAAGAGAAAACACAAACAGUCAAUAAGCAUGUGAAAAGAUGGUUAGACUCCCUGGUGAUCAGGGAAACGUAAGUAAAAUAACAUCACUUUUCACUUAUCAGAUUGGCGAGGUACAAUGAAGACUGAAAACAUUUGAUGAAGGGAAAUGACCCCGUUCCCCCUGCUGGUGAGACAGAUGGUGGGGACGGCCUUCUAGGAAGGCAAUUUGGCAGUUCUGUUUAAAUGCACAGCCCCUCCCGCCCAGUAGUCCUACACUUUGGUAUGUAUAAAACAGCCUAUAUUAGUCUUUUAAAAAUUAAGUAUUGCUUGUAAUGGCAAAAAGAUGAGAGCAAUUUAAAUGUCCACCUGUAGGGAGAUAGUUGAUUUGUUGUGCAGCAGUUUAAAUAAGUUGGGAUUUACAAACCCACUCCAGUCUUUUAAGAAUAUGGAAAUAAAUACCUUAAAUAGUUUUAUACAAAGGCAUUCUUAACAUCAAAAUAGACAAAUGCAGAAAGAAAGAAAUAUAUCAGCUAGCACCCUAAGGUCUUUUGUUUCUUUUUAACCUGAUGAGAAUUAACAUGUUCUUUAUUCUCUGGCUUCACUUUCAUGAAAUGAAAUCUAAUCGCCUUUUUUUUUUUUUUUUUUUUUAGUGAGGAAGAGAAUACAAAUGAAAAAGAUAUGGAGGGAAAGUUGGAAAUGGUGGGUGGGUCUAUAAGGUGGGUCUGUAUAUCAGUCAGUGUUCUCCAGAGAAACAGAGCCGAUAGGGGACACACACACACCUAUGUUACAGUCUUUUUUAAAAAAAAAAUAAAUAAAUAAAUUUAUUUAUUUAUUUAAUUUUGGCUGUGUUGGGUCUUCGUUUCUGUGCGAGGGCUUUCUCUAGUUGCCGCGAGCGGGGGCCACUCUUCAUCGUGGCGCGUGGGCCUCCACUAUCGCGGCCUCUCUUGUUGCAGAGCACAGGCUCCAGGCGCGCAGGCUCAGUAGUUGUGGCUCACGGGCCCAGUUGCUCCGUGGCAUGUGGGAUCUUCCCAGACCAGGGUUCGAACCUGUGUCCCCUACAUUGGCAGGCGGAUUCUCAACCACUGCGCCUCCAGGGAAGCCCCUAUGUUACAGUCUUGAGGCAGAAUUCCUGCUUCCCUGGGAAACCUCAGUUUUGCUCUUAAGACCUUCAGCUGACAGAAGAGGCUGCAGGGGUUAAGGACAGGCCGUCUCAAAAUGUGCUCCUUUGGCAUAUGGAUUAUUUUGAGCUGAAGGCACUUGAGAAUCAGCAGAUCCAGGAAGAGCUUUCUGAUCUGCCCUUUCUACCUAAAAGCAGGUCAUGAAAUUUCCCAUGAGAGAUGUGCCCUCCCUGUACCAGGAAGAGAAAUACGAGCUUGUCACCAGAGACUGGGAGUCAACACGGAAAUGGAUCUGUGUGAACAAACCUGCUAAAAUAACCCUCAUCUUCCACUAGUUUUGCACCCCUCUGCCCCCAUAUACAGCUUCUAGUCACUUCCCUACAAUGACUGCCCUUAGGCCAAACCCCUUUGUCUUGUCAUUUUUUCACAAAUUUAUCAUUUCUUCGCCUAAAGGGUAUAAAAGCUUUCAGCUCUGGUCGCUUCCUUGGAACUUCAUUCUCUUGUAAAAGUCCCCAUGUAUGUGUAAAAUUUAAUAAAAUGUGUAUGAUUUUCUUCUGUUAA